UGGGAGCCUCAGCGGGAGACGCUGCAGGAGACCCCUGGCAGUACCAGCCGCUUUGGGAGACGCGCCAGACGCUCGUCUCUUGUCCAGUGUAAACAAACAUGGGAGGGAAGACUGUCGCUUAUUUUUAUGAUCCGGAUGUUGGGAAUUUCCAUUAUGGUCCUGGACAUCCAAUGAAGCCCCACCGCCUUUCUAUUACACACAGUCUUGUCCUUCAUUAUGGCUUAUACAAAAAAUUACAGAUAUACAGACCAUAUCGGGCAAAUUUCCAUGAUAUGACUAGAUUUCAUUCCGAAGAAUAUAUAGACUUCCUGAUGCGAGUUUCUCCACAAAACGUUCAAAACUUCACUAAAAAUUUAGGACAAUUUAAUAUGGCUGAUGACUGCCCUGUGUUUGAUGGCCUGUAUGACUUCUGCUCUAUGUACACUGGGGCAUCCCUAGAAGGUGCUGUAAAGCUAAACCAUAAUUGCUGUGACGUUGCCAUCAACUGGUCUGGAGGCUUGCAUCAUGCCAAGAAAUUUGAAGCCUCAGGUUUCUGUUACGUUAAUGACAUUGUAAUAGCUAUCUUGGAAAUGUUGAAAUACCACCCGAGAGUAUUAUACAUUGACAUAGACAUCCACCAUGGUGAUGGAGUACAAGAAGCCUUCUAUCUUACUGACAGAGUUAUGACAGUGUCUUUCCAUAAAUAUGGAAAUUACUUUUUUCCUGGAACAGGUGACAUGUUUGAAAUUGGUCAUGAAAGUGGCAGAUAUUACUCUGUUAAUGUACCCCUUAAGGAAGGUAUUGAUGAUGCCAGCUACACACAGGUCUUCAAACCAGUCAUUGAGGCUGUUAUAGAGUACUAUAGUCCAACAGCAAUUGUCCUUCAGUGUGGUGCAGACUCCCUAUCAGGUGACCGCCUUGGUUGCUUCUCCCUCUCCACCAAAGGUCAUGGUGAAUGUGUAAGCUUUACAAAGAAGUUUGGUGUUCCAUUGCUAGUACUGGGUGGUGGUGGCUACACUCCCAGAAAUGUGGCCAGAUGUUGGGCUUAUGAAACAGGGUUGCUCGUUGACACAGAUAUGCCUACGGAAAUUCCAUAUAAUACAGAGUACUUCCAGUAUUUUGCACCCGAUUUCUCCCUUCACCCGGAAGUAAUAACACGUCAGGAAAAUGGAAACAGUCGACAGUACCUGGAAGCCAUUGUUAAGCAUGUGUACGAUAACCUCAGAAUGGUUCAGCAUGCACCAAGUGUCCAGAUGCAGGAUGUUCCAAAUGAUGGAUUGAACAUAAAGGAAGAAGAACAAGAGCUUGAUCCAGAUGCUCGUCUGCAUCUCAGUGAAGAAGACAAAAGAGUUGAACCAGACAAUGAAUUUUACGACGGUGAAAAGGAUAAUGACAAAGAUGAAGAUCCUGAGGUUACACCUACCUCAGCAACAAAAAACUAAUUGAAGUGGAGAGAAAGUGAGUGUGUUCAUGCUGCGCACAUAAAACACUUGGAAUUAAAAGAGAAACUUGGAAUAAUCUGGAACAAAAGCAAAAUUUGUGUAUGUACAGUAUAGGCGAGGAAGGUUUGGAGCAACUUAUGAUGUAUUACAGGAUUUAUAAUGUAUUACCAAUAGUAAUGAAACCAAGAGACAAGAAUUAUUAUCCUUUUAUAAAAAGUACAGUAUAUAGCAUUUUAAGACAUUUCAUUCAUGUAAUUCAGAAAAAGCACAGUUUUUAUAAUUGUGUUUUGUCAUUAAUUGUAUUAAAUGUUCCAAAAUACAUUCUUGCCAGAUGAUUAUUUAUGUACAAAUAUUGGAUAUAAGUGUUUUAAAUACGUGGCUUUUAGAUAAUUUAUGUAUGAGAAUGCUUUUAUAAUUUUGUACGUGUUUACAUAUUUCUUUUAACUGUAAUGUGUUGUGAAAGUCUGUAUCUUAGUACUGUAAUUUGACGAACAUAUUUGGUCUGUUAACUCUGCUUGACCAUACAAUUGUAAUUUAUGUAUUUUUAUAAACAAAUAGAAAAUUAA